UUUUACUUUAUUUUUUUUUUUUUUAUGGUAUGAAAUUCGGCACGUUUCUUUUCCAACAACAAUUUCCUCCAUGGCGUACAGAAUAUCUUCAAUAUGAUAGGAUCAAAGAGAUAAUCAAGGAGAAAAACAAUCAUGAUAAAGUAGAUCAAUGGUUACAAGUAGAAUUUGAUAAAAUACGUCAUUUUAGUUUACAUCAGUUGGACAAAUUGAAUCAACAACUUAUCUUGCUAGAAAAAUCUUCAUCCAGCCUUUUAUUAGAUGAUCUACUCUACCCUCUAUACGAUACUCACGAAUUGGAACGUUACAUCUACUUAUCCAUCAUCGGUUUUCAAAAGCUUGCGAAAAGUCUUGCCAAACAUCAGACUAAUAAUGACGUUGGAAAAACAGGGGCUCAGAUCCCGGAUUGGCUUAUCAUUUUGAAUCAGUACCAUGACAAAUUGGAUCCACUUUUGAUGCGAUUGGCCUCAUUGAAAGAAGUGUGCACUAGUGGUCAUCAAGGAAAGAAAAAGUCAAAGCGGAUAAAAACUAAAGGAUUACCUCCUCUACCCAACGAAAACACCUCAUGUUAUCACUCGUAUUCUUACUGGCUCCAUCCUAAUCACGUAUUUGAAUUGAAGGCGAUUCUUUUAUUUUAUUCCUCUUUAAUCGAUCAUCAUCCAUUUUCUAUCGUUUAUCUUGAUAAUCCUCAAUGGGAUGUCUAUCAUCAACAAUUGUCAGCACCUUUUCUUACAUCUGAUUCCAUACAUAUCUCAUGGAAAGGAUCAGGAACUUCUGAUAGUCAAGUACAAGUGAAUCAUGUAGCAGUUCAAGAGAGUCAUUCAAAAGUUUUACAUCAAUUGUCUCUACCAAGAUCCACAGUAGGCGCGCUAUUCCAACAACAACAACAACAAAACAAGGAUUUGCAAAAUGAAGAUGAUAUAUUGGAUCAAGAUUUUUACAACAACAACAAUAGCUCCACCAUGGCAUUAAUAGUAGAACCACGAAAGAAGAAGAAACAACCACCACCAUUACCAUCGAAACUCGGCAUGACGAACGGCAAAGAUGAUAGUAUAUAUCAACAGAUUCAACAAAGAAUUCAGCAACAAAAAUGGCAACCAAGAAUCAAGUGUAUGGUACAACGGACAACCUAUGAAGCAAGUUUUAAGAAUGGUGUUAAUGACAGCAACAAGGUGUUUUUACAUAUCGAUACAAAAAUAACCAUGAACGUUGAACAAAGCAACAACCAUAGAUCCUCCUCGCCUGGGUUCUCUGUGCUUACGGUGGUAGUACAAUGUCAACAAAAAUGCCAAGAAAAGAACAGUGAUGACAACGGUAAAUUCGGCCCGGAUGCAGCCCCUAACGUUUUACCCGACUGGUUGAUGACAUUGAUUAACGGCGCCUCAUGGAUCCAUCCUGUGCCAAGAUUUUCCUUGUACGUACAUGGCGUAUCUUGUUUGUACCGGGAAUUCAUUCCACUUUUACCCUGGUGGCUCAGCUCCUUUGACACUACCUGGCAACACGACAAUGAAGAUAGUCAUGGGUCACCUGCAAAGAACAACGAUUUUGGAUUAUCACGAUCAACCACUUUACAACCUUUAUUACAUGGCACGUUACCACCUUGGUAUUCUCACAUGGUGAUGACUAUCGAUAACAAUGAUGAAAAGGAAAAAAACAUAUUAGACAAACAUGUGACCACGGCAAAAAAAUGGAAAAAGAUCAAAGUGGAACCAAAGGUAUUUUUCGCCAACGAACGGACAUUUUUAUCAUGGAUGCAGUUUUGUGCAUUAUUGUUGACAGUUAGUCUCAAUAUGAUUAACUUUGGUGGAUCGGACGACAAUGUAUCUCGUAUAUGUGGGGGUCUAUUUAUCAUUCUUACCAUCAUUAUGGCGUUAUAUGCAUUGGCGAAAUAUGAAUGUCGAGCUUGGCAAUUGGUGACUUCUUCCAAUCGGUAUCGUUUUGAUGAUAUGUAUGGACCUGCAGUUCUCUGUUUCUUAUUGAUAUUGGCUAUGUUGAUCAAUCUUGGUUUACGUUUGACGACUCCCUCUCAUUGAUCUUUUUUUUUUUUUUUUGAAC